AUGCAGGACGGUAGAGCACCAAGAAUCAAAAACCGGGCGCCGGCCGCCAUCCAGAUUACAGCGGAACAACUCUUGCGAGAGGCCCAAGAGCGACAAGAAACCGCAUUCCGAGCGCCAAAACAACGGGUUGAAGACUUUGAGGAACUCAGUGAAUAUCGCGGUCGAAAGCGAAAAGAGUUCGAGGAACGUAUACGACGGACUCGAGGAAGCAUAAAAGAAUGGCUUCAAUAUGCGAACUGGGAGGCCUCCCAAAACGAGUUCGCUCGUUCUCGUUCAGUAUUCGAACGUGCCCUCGACGUCGACCCACGGAGCAUUCAAUUAUGGCUCUCCUACACCGAGAUGGAGCUGAAGAACCGCAACGUCCAGCACGCCCGCAACCUCUUCGACCGCGCAGUGACCCUCCUCCCACGUGUCGACCAACUCUGGUACAAAUACGUCUACCUCGAGGAACUCCUCCAGAACAUCCCCGGCGCACGACAGGUGUUUGAGCGAUGGAUGCAGUGGGAACCCGAUGACAAGGCCUGGCAAGCGUACAUUAAGCUGGAGGAACGCUAUCAGGAAUACGACCGCGCCAGCGCCAUCUACGAACGCUGGAUCGCAGUCCGACCAGAACCGCGCGCCUGGGUCAAGUGGGCCAAGUUUGAGGAGGACAGAGGGAGGUUGGACAAGGCUCGCGAAGUAUUCCAAACAGCCUUGGAAUUCUUCGGCGACGAUGAGGAGCAGGUAGAGAAGGCGCAGGCCGUGUUCGGUGCAUUUGCAAGGAUGGAGACGCGACAGAAGGAAUACGACCGAGCACGCGUGAUCUACAAGUUCGCCCUCGACCGAAUCCCUCGAUCCAAAUCCGCGGGUCUUUACGCCAGUUACACCAAAUUCGAGAAACAGCACGGCACGAAAUCCACACUUGAAAACACAGUACUCGGCAAGCGGAGGAUACAGUACGAGGAGGAGUUGUCGCACGACGGUCGGAAUUACGAUGCCUGGUUCGACUAUACCCGCCUCGAGGAGGGUGCGUGGCGAGAUCUGAAAGACGAAGGUGCCACCGCAGAGGAGCUAGAAGCAGCUACUGGCCGAGUCCGUGAAGUCUACGAACGCGCCGUCGCACAGGUACCUCCGGGUGGAGAGAAACGCCAUUGGAGACGGUACAUCUUCCUCUGGCUCAACUAUGCUCUGUUCGAGGAGAUCGAGACCAAAGACUACCAACGAGCCCGGGAAAUCUACCAAACCGCCAUCAAAUUGGUACCCCACAAGCAGUUUACGUUCGCGAAGUUGUGGCUCAUGUAUGCCAAAUUCGAAGUUCGGCGUCUAGAGCUGCAAUCGGCUCGAAGAAUCCUUGGAACCGCCAUUGGCAUGUGUCCCAAGGAGGCUUUGUUCAAGGGUUACAUUGACCUGGAAAUCGAGCUCCGUGAAUUCGAUCGAGUCCGAACACUCUAUGAGAAAUACCUGGAGUUCGAUCCAAGCAACUCCCCUGCCUGGAUCAAGUACGCCGAACUCGAGGCACAACUACAGGACUUUGCCCGGUGCCGCGCCAUCUUCGAGUUGGGCGUCUCCCAAUCGCCACUCUCCAUGCCCGAAAUCCUCUGGAAAGCGUACAUCGAUUUCGAGAUCGAGGAAGGCGAGCGCGAAGCUGCACGGGCGUUGUACGAGCGACUUAUUGCACUCAGUGGGCAUGUCAAGGUCUGGAUCUCGUAUGCAACGUUCGAGGCGGAGCCCAUUCCUUUGCCGAGGGCUGAGAGGGAGGAAGAAGAAGACGAGGAAGAAGACGAGGAGGCUGAGAGGAAGAUGGUACCCGGCGAUCCUACUAUUGCUCGACAGGUGUUCGAGCGUGGUUAUAAGGACUUGAAGAGCAAGGGUCUCAAAGACGAGCGUGUUGCACUCUUGGAGGUCUGGAAGACGUUCGAGGAGAACUACGGAACAUCGGAGACGGUUAAUAAGGUCGAGGGCAUGAAGCCGGUGAUCACCAAGAGACGCCAUGUCGAUCCCGAAACUGGCGGUAUGGUCGAAGAUUGGGACUUGGUCUUCCCCGACGACGAAAAGGAGAAGAACCCGACAUCCUUCAAGUUCUUGCAAAUGGCGCACAAAUGGAAGCAGUCACAGGCUAGUAAGACUCAGACUCAGGCUUCUGAGAGCACCACUAGUAGUGCUCCUGAAACCUCUCGGUCAUCCAUGCAAGUCGAUCAAGACGAGGGGAGCGUCGCGAGCUCGGAUGAUGAAUCUUCAUAG